CCUCGCACCGCAACAGCAGCAGCUGGUGCAGCGGAGGCGAACGUUACUUUGUUACAGCGAAGCUACCGGGGAGAAAACGGUGUAACGAAACCUCUCGGAAAAGUGCACACAGUUGGGGAGAAAACGGCGCAACGGAGCGCCUGUUGCCGGGAUUUGUCGCUGACAGCUAUUUAAUGAACUUGCCAGCGGAUUUGAACGUUGUCGUUUCGCCGAUAAAAAGAGGUCUUUCUCAAAGUUGAGCUGAAGAGGAGUUCUCUGGUUCAGGAUGUCGGACUGAGACAAAGGGGUCUGGGGGGCAUUCCCGUCGGAGCGCAGGUAAAACUUGAUUCUUGAAGUGUCCUCUGGAUGGGAAAGAUGGAGAGGGAGUUGCAAUGGUGGAAAGGACAGCUAGCUGCCGAUAUCCAUCAAUCGCUCCGCAUCAAGGAGCUGAAGCUACCGGUCUACCGAGCCCACUCUCCACAGAUUGGCAUGCGGCGCUACUUUGCUGACUUGUUGGCCAUCCUGAGCAAUCGCUACCAGCUAUGUCCUACAGCGCGUCACCUUGCCGUCUACCUGCUGGACCUGUUCAUGGACCACUAUGAUGUGGCCGUCAAGCAGCUCUAUGUCAUCGCCCUGUCGUGUCUGCUCUUAGCUAGUAAAUUUGAGGAAAAGGAGGACCGGGUUCCCAAACUGGAGCAGCUGAACUCGCUGGGCUUUAUGUGCAGCCUAAACCUGGUUCUCAACAAGAAGGAUCUGAUCAAAAUGGAGCUCCUGCUGCUUGAGACAUUUGGCUGGAAUCUGUGCAUGCCCACACCAGCCCACUUUAUUGACUACUACCUCCAUGCCUCGGUGCAGGAGGGCGACCUAUACAACGGCUGGCCCCUCUCUUCCCUUUCAAAGACCAAGGCUUUCAUGGACAAAUACACUCACUACUUUCUGGAAGUGUCACUGCAAGACCACGCUUUCCUGAGUUUCCGACCGUCCCAGGUUGCUGCUGCGUGUGUGGCAGCAUCUCGUAUUUGCCUUCAGAUUUCCCCCAGCUGGACGACCGCUCUGCAUCUGCUUACGGGCUACACCUGGGACCACCUCACCCAGUGCAUUGAGCUCAUGCUGCUUGCUCAUGACAAUGACGUUAAGGAGGCCAACAAGACCAAAUCCACUCCUCCUCACCGGCCCUCCUCUCUGCAGUCCCAGCCCCAGACCUCUCACCUCUCUCCAGUGUCAGCCAUCCAGAGACCAGCCUCCUCCUCCACCUCCUCCACACCACAGCUGCUCUUUCAGCCAGACGGCUUCCCACACCUUUCCCAGCAUUCCCCGUCCCUGUCCCAGCUGCAGGCUCUAGCUGACUCCCAGGCUUUGGGGCCUGUGGUAAACAUGUCUCAGGACUUCCUUCAGAGCCACAGGAUGAGUCUCCUAACUGGGGCUGCUUCCAUGACUCCUGGGGGUGGGUUCCCCUCCUACCCAAGCUUGACCGCUGGUCUUCAGCCGGGGGCUCGAGUGCUGCCGCUCCAGGGCCCCAUUUCUGUGCAGAUGGCUCUCGCUGGAGAGCCGCGCCACUGUCUGAGCAUGGCCUACAGCGGGGGAUACCUGGGGGCUCAUCACUCGUUCACAGCGGGCUGCUUUGACAGGUGACGCCAGGAGACGGAGAGGGAGCAAAAACCUCUGCGGGAGUGCACUGCGAUGCGUCCGACUCAAUUCCCUACCCCGAAAUAUCCUUUUGCAGACCUCCUCUCUCUCUCCGUCAGCUCCGCAACACCUUUAGCUAGUCCAACUCCCCCGUCCCUCACACAGAGACGCCUCAAACGCAAGCAGAGGUCCAAAGGCAAGACAGACCCGGUGGAAGUGAUCACACUGACGUGACAAAUGUUCCACCACCUUGAAAUACAAAAAUGUUAUUGCUAUAUUCUGAAAUGGUUUUAUAGAUCCGUGUUAUUAUGAGACUGUCAUCACUGUGAAUGAGAUGAAAACAGCAGUGUCAUCUAACACCCACCUCAUUCAGUGCCUGUUCUCAGUCGUGUGAUAGCUGAGCCAAUUUUAGAAGUACACAGAACGCAAAGUAUCUGUGAUAAAGAUAUCUGGCUGCUUGACAUGAAUUUUUUUAAUUUUUUUUUUUUUAACUUUCUAAUCCCAAAAACGUAACUCAUGUUAGAGAGAAAAUUGGCUGGUGUUUUUUUCUUGAGUGACCAUUUGAGAGAGAGAAAGAAGAAUAAUUAGAGGCUUGUCGCUGACUCUUGUUUGCGUCAGUGAACAUUGAUCUGACGCCUGUAGUCUUGGUUGGAGCUGAAGGGACGAAGGAUUCAUUACUUUGAGCACAGCAGGUAAAGUCUGCAGCUGUUUUUCUUUCCUCCUCUCUCUGUCCUCAUCAUCGGUUCUCUUCCGCCUCCAAAGUCGAGCCUUGUGGCAGAGCCGUCUCACACUCGGGUGAAGACGUGUCUCUCUGGCAGCUGCAGGCUUUGUCCUCCUAAAGUUUUCAUUUCAGUGUCUCCGGCACCACUCAAAGAAUUUACCACAAACUGGACCAGCAUGGUGAAGGAGACGUGGAUGAUGUUCGUGUGUUGUACAUAUAAAUUGCUGCUGCCUUCUUAUAAACUGUUGGUUCUGUGUCUGUGUUAAGGACUCCAAUGUUUACAUGAACCACUAAGUAUCAGGGACUUGAACAAGAUUACUUGAAUAUGAUGCCAUUGAAACAUGCCAUAGCUUUUAUUUAUGAUGACUCAUUUAUUUUUGUUCUAUUUCACUUUUGUUUGAUAUAGUGUAGCUUUUUAUACCAACUUAGAACCACACCAUUGAUUAAUUAUAGUUUUCUUUAUACCCGUCGAUAUAAACUGUUUAUUGAGGCUCAGGUUUCAAGGCUGAAACUAGCAGCUUUCCCAUUAUUCUGUGCUAUUAUGCUUUAAAGUGGAUGCUGUUGCAGCACCUGUGGGUGCUGGAAUAUUCCCUUCAUCACUGGACUCUACUCUGCUGACAAGUCGAUAACUGAAGGCAUGAAACCGUCUGUUUGCAUCAUAGCCAUCAUGGAACAACCUUGUGGUCACUGGUUUCACACAUCUGUGGGCAGUCGACAAUAAUUGCUUCCCAAAUUUCUAAAGCUGCAGUUUCCAAUCUUCCACUUCCUGUUAACGUAUAAACACAUCCAGAUUCCCAGUGUCGGUCACAAGGGUUGCCCCUUGGUUACCAUGGUGAUGCCUUGAAUAACCGUGGAGCACAAGUUUUGGGAUGAUUACUGAAUUAGAUGAAACAAAUUGUUUUCAUCACUGAUUAAUCUGUUGCUUAGUUUUCCGAUUAACCGUUUUGUCAAAAGAAUGCCAGUUCUAGGUCCCAAAGCUCAAUUUGAUGUAUUCAAAAGGAGUGUUUUAUUUGACCAGCGGUCCAAAACCCAAAACAAUAUUCAGUUCACUCACUUAUGAUGAAGAAAAGCAUCGCAUUUUCAUAUUUGAGGAGCUGGAACCAGAGAAUUUGCGGCAUUUUUUACCAAAUUUAUUGUCUAAUCAAAAAGUCGACUAAUCCCUGCAGUUCUACUGUGGACUCCAGAUUCUGGGAUUAUGACAGAGUUCUAAAAUGUUUGCUCUGGACAUUGGACGUCGCACCAUGUCAUGCCUUGUCCUAAGCAGGUAUGAAGCUUAAAUUAAUAGUAAGACAUGCUUUUUUUCUCAUAACACUACAUGCCUUCUGAAACUCAGACCUUUUAAUCACGACCCAUUAAACCUUUUACAGCUAAACAUCUGUUUGUUUCCCCCUGCUCAAAAGGACAUGAUCAUUUGCUUUCCUUCCAGUGAUCUGGAGUAAGAUACUAUGCCUUGUUUUAACUUUUUGUGUACAGUUUUGUUAUAUUUUUUACAUUCCUUUUCAGUGUAUUUUAGUUUAAAGCAUUUUGUGAUUCUCCCGAUGAAUGCCGUUGGCGUGAACUAGAUUUUUGUUCAUAGAGUUCAACUUGCUCUUUUCCUCAUAAUUCAUGAGCAACGUCUCACUGAGGUGUCAAAGGUGCAAUACGCCGUUUCUUCUGUUUAAACUGACCACAGCCAUCACUGUCUCGUGUACACCACUGGUUCAUCUUUUGUAACUUAUUUUUGACAAUUGUGUGAUUUGACUUGCUGUAGCUUGAUCUCCUCUAGCGGGCAGUGGGCUCUGAACACAAUUAAUAUGUUGCAUAUUGCAGCCGCCUGCUUUUGAGUGAUAGAUAUUACUGAAUGCUUUUGUCUUUUAGCUAGAGAAGAUGCAUUUUUCCUUCCAGUGAAAGGUGCUGAUGUCACUCUCACCACACACCACUUGUCUAAUGUGAUGGUAAUGAAACCACAAACUUCCAAUUUAUAUUUUUGUAUUAUUUUGUACCAAUUUGUAGUCUUGGUUUAUGUGACACCGAAUGAUGGAAGGAAUUCUUUUAUCAUAAUGUGCCACGGAAAAAUAAACACAAGUGAACUGA